GUCCUUUUUGCUACUCUGGAGUUCUUGCAACAUCAAAUUUAUUUUGCGCCUAGCACGCCGUCCAGGGAUCCUUUGCACAAGAUGUGAAUUCCUAGGCCUGUUUCUUGCUAUUCUUGGAUUUCUGUAGGGUUUUUGCCAUGUCUUGGUUGUUUCUUGAUGUUGGUUAGCAAAUCGUGGUUAGUUUAUCGAAGGGAAGAAGAAGAGAUGGAUAUGCGUGAGGAAAGGCAUGGAAAGGAGGCGAUUGUGAGCGGGUUCCCACCGGGGUUGCGUGUGCUCGCUAUCGACAAUGAUCCUGUCAGCCUCAAGGUCUUGGAGGUUCUCCUGCGCAUGCGCAACUACCGUCCAACAAUCGUGAGGGACGCGGUGAUGGCCCACCAGAUGCUUAGCGAGGGGAGGGACAAUUUCGAUCUGGUGGUCAGCGAUGUGUACCUGUCGGACAUGGACGGCUUCAAGCUUCUCAAGCUCAUCGACCUCGAGAUGGAUCUUCCCGUCAUCGUGUUAUCAGCGGACGAGAGGCCCGAGGCUAUGAAGAAAGGCAUAGCUCACGGAGCGUGCCAGUACCUGGUGAAACCGGUGCAAGCCAAGCACCUCGAUAUCAUGUGGCGGCAUGUCAUGGCGAGGAGAACCCCUCAACCAUGGAACCUCAGCAGCAGCAGCCGUAAUGCUGCCGCUGAGAAGGCGCAGCCUACAGGAGGACCCGGCGGCGGCGAGCAGGACGGUGCAAAGAGCACCAAGCGUGGAUGGACGAAGAGUCAUGAACAUGAUGAAGAUGGCCAUGAUGCGAACAAGGAGAACUUGUCACCAAACCCAUCGACCUGGAAGAAGCCGAGGACGACAUGGAGAAAUGAGCUGCAUGACAAGUUUGUGGAGGCUGUCAGUCAGAUCGGCAUCAAGAGUAAGAGAACUUACUCGAUCACACUUCUCAUGGCUUACUGUAUUAACCAAAACGAAGCAUGUGAUCUUGGCAUUAUUGUCUCUGGUAUAAAAACUUUCUGGCCAUCGAAGAUACUGGCCGCCAUGAAUGUGGAUAACUUCUCCAGAGAGAGUGUUGGGAGUCAUCUGCAGGUUUACUUUCUACUCCUCGUGUAUACCUUUUUUAUACAUAAUAGGCAGUAUAUUGAUGCAUCAAGCUGGUACAAAAUACAGAAACACAUCCACCACCUUAAUAAGUACAGGACGUAUCUCGCAAGGACCGGGGACGGGGCAGAAGAGAGGUGCAAUUUGCUUGUUGCUGAAAGGUGGGGAGAAGGUAGCUGCAAGUAUUUCCAUGGACAUGGGAUAUAUCGGCCGCCCACGAACCCUGCCUCUUGGAACCCUACCAGUCUCCCCACAAGGAUGGAUCAUCCGUCCGCGUUCGGAGCGCGUGGUGCCGGUGUCCAUGGUGGCAGCAUGCUCUCCAGGCCUUGGUUGUCGUGGCUGCUGCCGGGUUUGAGGCAGCGGCCCUCUUCCUCCAGCGCAUAUACAAACAGGACAAAUGGCACAGGGGCGUGGGACGCAUUUAGUUCCGGCCAUUCCCGCGGCGAGUCAUCCUACAUGGGCAUGCUGCGUGGCAAUCUACUGGGGGCAAACAGAGGCUUUCAGAGUAGUGGCAGCUCCCUUGCGGACAGAAAUAGACACAAUGGUGGGACGUCUUUGCCUGUGAAUCAGUUUUCAGUGCGGCCAUCUCGCCAACUGGGGUUCCAGCCUCCGGUUCAGAGGAGUCCGUAUGGCGACGCCCGGAACCGCCUAGGCAACUCCUGGCAAGCACCUAUGAAGUAUCCUGAUCUUAGCCGUGACUAUUGGAACAUCCCCAACAUCAACCAGCUCACAGGCCUUGCAGCCUCACCAGCUGGCCAGAUAGCUGGCCAAACACCGAUGAGUCUUGACAACCUGAAGAACCAAAUAGCAGCUUUCAUAAACAGCACAACAUCGAUGGCAGGUUCCGGUGAGGAGAUGGCGUCGUUUGACGGUGAUGUAGCCACCAACAACAGCACAAGCUCAGUACAGGUGCUGAAUGGUGACCUCGCAAUCGACGGCAACACAAGCUCGGUAGAGAUGUUGAAUGGUGACCUCUCAAUCGACGACAACACAAGCUGGGUAGAGAUGCUGAAUGGUUACCUCGCAAUGGACGGCGGCACAAGCUUGGUGGAGAUGCCGAAUGGUAACUUCGCACUUGGUAGUGCUUCAAGCAUCCGUGCUGCAAUGCCUGACCUUCAGAUGGGCAUUUCUGCCGCGCCAACUCGGAUGCUGAAUGAUGGUGGUGCAGGCGGCGUUCUCCCUGCGCAAGCACAAGGCACAGCUGAUCAGGAAGCUGUUGAUGGUCAACUGAAUAUCGACAGUGAUGAUUUCUUGGAAGCUGUUGUUGAUAGUUUUUCGAUGGAUGACAUUCUUACCACGAUCAACAUGCUUAAUGAGGAUUUAUUAAUCAACAACAACAUAAGCUCGGUGGAGAUGUCGAAUGGUAACUUCGCAAUCAACAACAACAUGAGCUCGGUGGAGAUGCCAAAUGGUAACUUCGCAAUCAACAACAACACAAGCUCAGUGGAGAUGCUGAAUGGUAACUUCGCACUUGGUAGUGCUUCAAGCAUUGGUGCUGCAAUGCCUGACCUUCAGAUGGGCAUUUCUGCCGCGCCAACUCAGAUGCUGAAUGAUGGUGGUGCAGGCGGCAUUCUC